UGCACUUGCAGUACUAAAACAGUAAACUGUUAUAUAUCUAAUAAACUCAGAACACACUAAGCUGCACGACAAGUUUAAUUUAAAUUGUGAGAAGUGUGUUUGGACAUCCAUCAAAAUGUCGUACAUGCUCCCUCAUCUUCACAAUGGCUGGCAAGUGGACCAGGCUAUUUUAUCAGAGGAAGACCGUGUAAUUGUUAUACGAUUUGGCCACGAUUGGGACCCUACGUGUAUGAAGAUGGAUGAAGUGUUGUACAGCAUCGCCGAAAAGGUGAAGAAUUUUGCAGUCAUUUAUCUUGUGGACAUCACAGAAGUGCCAGAUUUCAACAAGAUGUAUGAGUUGUAUGAUCCUUGCACAGUCAUGUUCUUUUUCAGGAGUACUCAACCCAAAAGUGAAAAUUCUCCCAUCAUUUGCUCUCCCUCAUGCCGUCCCAGAUAUACUGAUUGACUGACUGGAAGACACACAGACUUUUGAGAAAAAUAAUCCACGUAUUACUACGCAUUUAAAUGUUAUUGCUUUAGUUGUUUAUUUAUUAUUCUUAAACGAUUGUUUCUGU